AUGUCGACCCCUCGCCAACGCUCCCACGACGGAUGCUGGACCUGCAAGGCCCGCCGUCGGAAAUGUGACCGUGCCCGCCCGACCUGUCGCGCCUGUGACGAGCGUGGCAUCCCCUGCGAGGGGUACGAGGUGCGCUUGCGCUGGGGGUCUGGAAUUGCCUCGCGUGGUCGCUUUACCGGGGCGGGGGAGCCAGUGGUCGCGUCCGUGCCUCUGCGUGCUAAGGGCCGACGACGGGAUUUGAGUCGAGAUAAGCGCAGGCAAGUGGGAUCUGGUUCUGGCCUGCGAGAGGCUUGUGUAGAUGGUGAGUCCACAAACGUGUCGUCGAAUAAUGAUGGAUUUGUUGAUUGA